ACAAACUAGUAGAAUACGUUUGCAACGCAUUUAUUUGUAACUGUACACUCAACACGACUUCCGCUGCAUAGGUUAGCCAGCCUGGUGCUGGAGCCCUGGCCACUUUCCAAUUGCUCCCACGAUAGCCUUUAACUUACGGCAUGCUAAUGGGGUCUUGUGGUUAAAGCAGCCUGGGCACGGAAAGGGCGUUUUAGAUACUUACCGCUACGCUAAGCUGGUCGCCGCGCCCCAGCGUGAGUUUCAGUCAAGAGGACACCCAGAGAUCCCUUGGUGCUGGCAAGCACUCGGCGGCAAUGAGUGCCAGUGUGGCCAACCCGGCCCAGCAACCCUCUGUGUCAGGCAACGAUUUGCAGCAGGGCAUGAAGGAGCUGAAUCUUAAGGACAAGGACGAGGAGGUCGGCUCGAGCAAGGCGCAGCAGAACGCGGCAACGGCAGAGAUAUUUGAAGGAAGGCUGAUUGAGGGAGACUUAAAAAGCGGGGGCCAUGUUCUCUCGGCGUCGGCAGGCACCGGUUCGUCGCGACAAACAUAUAACUACUCUACAGAUCGUGUGGUGGGCAAUGGCUCUUUCGGAGUCGUAUUCCAGGCGACCUGCUUGGAGACGGGCGAGACGGUGGCGAUUAAGAAGGUGCUGCAGGACAAGCGGUUUAAGAACAGGGAGCUGCAGAUUAUGAAGCUUGUAGACCACCCCAACAUCGUCAAGCUCAAGCACUGCUUCUACUCUCACACCGACAAGGACGAGACUUACCUGCACCUGGUCCUGGAGUUUGUUCCGGACACCGUCUAUCGGAUUAGCAAGCACUAUGCCAAGAACAGCCAGCGCAUGCCCAACCUCUUUGUCAAGCUUUACGCGUACCAGAUGUGCCGUGCGCUGAACUCCAUCCACAAAAUGGGCAUUUGCCACCGCGACAUUAAGCCGCAGAACCUGCUGGUCAACACGGAGACGCACCAGCUGAAGCUCUGCGACUUCGGCAGCGCCAAAAUACUCAUCAAGGGGGAGCCCAACAUUUCGUACAUCUGCUCGCGGUACUACCGCGCCCCGGAGCUCAUCUUCGGUGCCACCGACUACACCAGCGCCAUUGACGUGUGGUCCGUGGGCUGCGUGCUGGCGGAGCUGCUGCUGGGCCAGCCGUUGUUCCCGGGCGAGAGCGGGGUGGACCAGCUGGUGGAGAUCAUUAAGGUGCUGGGCACGCCCACGCGCGAGGAGAUCAACGCCAUGAACCCCAACUACACGGAGUUCAAGUUCCCUCAGAUUAAGGCGCACCCAUGGACUAAGGUGUUCAGCAAGCGCAUGCCGCCGGACGCCGUGGACCUGGUGUCCAAGUUGCUGCAGUACGCGCCGCAGAAGCGCAUGACGGCUGUGCAAGCGAUGACGCACCCGUUCUUCGAUGAGCUGCGGGACCCGACCACGCGGCUUCCCAACGGCCGGCCGUUGCCGCCGCUGUUCAACUGGCUGCCGGGCGAGCUGGACGAGGUGCCCGCGGACAUUGUCCGCAAGCUGCAGCCCACGGCACGGACCGCCUAAGGCACUGGGCAUAAGCUGUUGGGCGGCAGCUGGACAUAGGGGCACCGGUGCUGGAGGAUAUCCUUGGUUUUGCGCAGGAGCACGGAAUGGCUUGAUGGGGUAAUUGGGAGGGUUUUCGAGGGUGGUUGAUGGUCAUGUUCAUUAUGGUCUAGGGCGAGGGUGCCCAUGUAACUGGCGUGUCGGGAUUGUUCAGGGAUUGCACUUUUCAACGACUGCUUGCACGGCAUGGCGUCGGGUAUCUCUUAACCGAUGCGGCUGCGGGGCGUUGAUCAGGGCGUGCGGGCAGCUGCCAAUUGGUAGGCCUGGUAGAAUCCGAAGGAAUGAGAAGACUACGUGCCGCACGGUUGUCUAGGCAUGGCUAGCGGGUUAGCUGAGUGGUCUUGAGAUACGUUACUGACGGCUGUACUGCCAGAUUUGUCGUUGGGCCUUGUCAUGCUGCCGACUUUUAACUCGUGAUCAUGAAGGGAUCUUACAACUCUGCGCGGCUUUGUGGCGCGCGUGUGCGGUGGCAUCUCGAAUGAGUAGGUGUCACGGUAAAGCUCACGUUAGGGUAGACACGGGCCCUUCCCACUUCACUAACUUGACUGGCAACUGUGCAUGCGUGUGCACAACCGUGUAUUAUCAUGAAGAUGGUGAAGUGGUGGAGUUACCCAGGUCUCAUUUGUUACAUAUCAGUGUCUUGGGACUUCUGGCCAUCUGUAGUUGUGACGGUUGAACUAAUGCUACACGUCGUACGCUAUAAUCGCCACGACUACCGAUGGACAUUUGUAAAGAAUUUGAUUGCAUUAAAUUGCAAUUAGA